GGACGGAGCCAGUACACCUGGAAAGAAAAGUGCUGUUAACAGGGAAAGCUUGAAGCACAAUCAAAAGAGUAGCAAGGUGGAGGGCCCGGAGCCAGCGCCAGCUGAGGCCUCGCUGAGUGCUGAGCAGGGCACGAUGACGGAGGUGAAGGUGAAAACAGAAGUACCAGACGACUACAUACAGGAGUUCAUCUGGCAGGGUGAGGCCAAGGAGGAGAAGGCAGGCGGCAAGGAUGGCACUGGCGAUGUGCCUGCCGAGAUCUGCGUGGUGAUUGGUGGCGUCCGCAACCAGCAGACCCUAGAUGGAAAAACUCCGGACGGCAGCCCCCACAGCGGAUCUGUUCGGAGUCGGUAUUCAGGGACCUGGAUUUUUGACCAAGCUUUGAGAUAUGCAUCUGGGUCCUAUGAAUGCGGGAUCUGCGGCAAGAAGUACAAGUACUACAACUGCUUCCAGACGCACGUGCGGGCGCACCGAGAUACUGAAGCCACCUCAGGGGAGGGAGCCUCCCAGAGCAACAAUUUCAGGUACACAUGUGACAUCUGUGGGAAGAAAUACAAAUAUUACAGCUGCUUCCAGGAGCACCGAGAUCUCCACGCAGUGGAUGUGUUCAGUGUGGAAGGGGCUCCCGAGAAUCGGGCAGACCCCUUUGACCAAGGUGUUGUGGCCACUGAUGAGGUGAAGGAGGAGCCUCCAGAGCCAUUCCAGAAAAUUGGACCAAAAACCGGCAAUUACACCUGUGAGUUCUGUGGGAAGCAGUACAAGUACUACACGCCCUACCAGGAGCACGUGGCCUUACAUGCCCCCAUCAGUACCGCCCCCGGGUGGGAGCCGCCGGAAGAUCCAGACACCGGUUCUGAGUGCUCCCAUCCAGAGGUCACCCCAUCUCCACGCUUCGUGGCAGCGAAGACCCAGACAAACCAGUCGGGGAAAAAAGCUCCAGCCUCCGUGGUCCGAUGCGCCUCCCUCUUACACCGCACCCCUCCAGCUACCCAAACUCAGACGUUCCGAACUCCAAACUCGGGAUCUCCAGCAAGCAAGGCAGCUGCAGCAGAAAAUGCCUUCAGUCGUCGAGUAGAAAGCAAAGCACAGAACCACUUUGAAGAGACCAAUAACAGCUCGCAAAAUUCCAACGAACCCUACACGUGCGGUGCCUGUGGGAUCCAGUUUCAGUUCUACAGCAACCUGCUGGAGCACAUGCAGUCCCAUGCAGCUGACAAUGAAAACAACAUCACCUCCAACCAGUCCCGAUCUCCACCUGCUGCAGUGGAAGAAAAGUGGAAACCUCAGGUCCAGAGGAACAGUGCCAACAACACCACAACCAGUGGUUUGACACCUAACAGUGUAAUCCCUGAGAAGGAGCGGCAAAACAUUGCAGAGCGGCUGCUGCGGGUCAUGUGCGCUGACCUGGGUGCGCUGAGCGUGGUCAGUGGGAAGGAGUUCCUCAAGUUGGCUCAAACCUUGGUAGACAGUGGUGCCCGCUACGGGGCCUUCUCGGUCACUGAGAUCUUAGGCAACUUUAACACCUUGGCUCUGAAGCACCUGCCACGCAUGUACAACCAGGUGAAGGUGAAGGUGACGUGUGCCCUGGGCAGCAACGCCUGCCUGGGCAUCGGUGUCACAUGCCACUCCCAGAGUGUGGGCCCUGACUCCUGCUACAUCCUCACAGCCUACCAGGCUGAGGGUAACCACAUCAAGAGCUAUGUGCUGGGUGUAAAGGGCGCAGACAUUCAUGACAGUGGUGACUUGGUGCAUCACUGGGUGCAGAACGUGCUAUCAGAGUUCGUGAUGUCAGAGAUCCGGACCGUAUACGUGACAGACUGCCGGGUGAGCACGUCCGCCUUCUCUAAGGCUGGCAUGUGCCUUCGCUGCUCAGCCUGUGCCUUGAACUCAGUGGUGCAGAGUGUGCUGAGCAAGCGGACGCUGCAGGCCCGCAGUAUGCAUGAGGUCAUCGAGCUGCUCAAUGUGUGCGAGGACCUAGCAGGCUCUACGGGCCUGGCCAAGGAGACCUUUGGCUCUCUGGAGGAGACGUCACCGCCACCCUGCUGGAACUCAGUGACAGACUCACUGCUGCUGGUUCACGAGCGCUAUGAGCAGAUCUGCGAGUUCUACAGCCGUGCCAAGAAGAUGAACCUCAUCCAGAGCCUCAACAAGCACUUGCUGAGCAACCUGGCCGCCAUCCUGACCCCCGUGAAGCAGGCAGUCAUAGAACUGAGCAACGAGAGCCAGCCCACCCUGCAGCUAGUGCUCCCUACCUACGUCAGGCUGGAGAAGCUGUUCACGGCCAAGGCCAAUGACGCGGGCACCGUCAGCAAGCUGUGUCAUCUCUUUCUGGAAGCGCUCAAGGAGAACUUCAAGGUGCACCCAGCUCAUAAGGUGGCUAUGAUCCUGGAUCCUCAGCAGAAACUUCGGCCAGUGCCGCCCUACCAGCACGAGGAGAUCAUCGGCAAGGUGUGCGAACUCAUCAAUGAGGUAAAGGAGUCUUGGGCUGAGGAGCCUGACUUUGAACCUGCUGCCAAGAAGGCCCGAUCAGCCGCGGGAGAGCACCCCACUGCUCAGGAGGAUGAUCGGCUUGGCAAGAACGAAGUAUAUGAUUACCUUCAGGAACCCCUCUUUCAGGCCACUCCCGAUCUCUUCCAGUACUGGUCAUGCGUGACCCAAAAGCACACAAAACUGGCCAAGCUAGCCUUCUGGCUCCUGGCUGUUCCUGCUGUAGGGGCUCGGAGUGGGUGUGUAAAUAUGUGUGAGCAAGCACUUCUGAUCAAAAGGAGGCGACUGCUUAGUCCUGAAGAUAUGAACAAGCUCAUGUUUUUGAAAUCCAACAUGCUUUAAGACUCAACUUUGAGGAAAAAAAAAAACAGACAAAAAGAAGAAAAACAUUAGGAAAACACACACACAACACUGUCACAAACAAAGAAAUUUAAGUUCUAAACACUGUGGAACCUCAUUGUAAAUGCCCCUUGGGAACUUAAGUGCUUUUUUUUUUUGCUGUGUGUGUGUGUGUGUGUGUGUGUGUGUGUGUGUGUGUGCGCUGUGUAUAGUGGAUGGCACACAUGUCCAUACCCACACACAUGACAUUGCAUUGGCAAAGGGUAUAGGAAGCUCAUACUCAAAUGCACAGCCAGAGAACCUCCACAUGAGUGCACACAUACUCACAUAGAGACAAACACACAGACACACAAACACACAACCCUGGUGCGUGCAUGUAUGCCUUUCCUCAGGUGUGUGUGCACUGAGCGGGGUGUGUCAGGAAAGCCAAGAGACUGGGAAAGCAGGAGUGGUUUCGGUUUUCUCAGACAGGGGCUCUAAGGACUCCAUUUUCAGGUGUGCAGAUUGGGAGCCGCUGGGGUUGUGAAGUAUUCAGGCAGCUGAGGGUUGAAGUGGCUUGAACUCCCAUCCCUAACCUCGGCCCUCCCUCACCAUCCCUUCAUCCCCUCAACCCAUGGUGCCCAUCCUCUGCCCCAGCUGCUCUGACCGAUUCUCCAAACUGCAUCAGAUGGACAGUUUCUGCACUGGACUUGAUUUCUUGUUUCACCUUCAGGGCAUUAAGCUGCUGUACCUGUGACCUCCCCCUCAGAUGUCCAGGGCAGCUGCCUUAGAAUACACACUAUCUAUCUCCCCAAAUCAGGAAAGGAGACUCUAGAAAUAUAAAGCUGAUGUUCUACUUUUUAAUAUAAGAGAGAGAGAGAAAACCAAGACUUUCUUUUUCCAGAGACACA